GGCUUCAAGCUUUGUCCAAAAAUGUAUUCUUUUUUCUUUUUAUCAUCCCUCCAUUUCCGUGUUCGUUUAGUUCUUUUCUCGUACGCAAAAACCCCGACUCCAAAUUCUCCCAGAAAACUAGUAAAACGCAGAAAUUUCAUAAUGUAACUUUUAGCUGCUUCUACUUCUCGAUUCUCGUUAUCUUUCCUCAACCCUCCACUUUUUUUUUUUUUUUUAAUUUCAAAUUUUCAAUAACUAAAAAAGCUCUCAAAAUCAGUGUUGGGAAGUAAAGGAAAGCACGUGCUUGAUGCUCGUUAUCUAAGCCGGCUCUAAUUAAGGUUGGAUUGCACCAAAACAUGGACUGGAAGUGUUCAUCUUCUGCUGGUGCAUCUUCUCUUUGCAAGGCACCUUUGAAUGUCUCGACUACAAUGCCGGAGAAGGCUCUGGUUGAGCAACAAAGGAGGGUUACUGAUCAUGCUGCGAAGACUAAUGUAGAUAUAGACCUUAGAGAAAUUUACUUCUUGAUAAUGCAAUUUCUGUCAGCUGGCCCUUGCCAGAGAACUUUUGAACAGUUAUCAAAUGAACUAUUGGAACAUCAGCUUUUACCCAGAAGAUAUCAUGCUUGGUUUUCAAGAAGUGGUGCGCAUAGUGGGAACAAAAAUGAUGAUGGCAUCUCCUUCCCAUUAAGUUAUAACAACUUAGUGGAGAGGUAUCCUCACAUUGAGAAGGAUCACUUGAUAAAGCUUCUGAAGCAACUACUGUGUACUCUGUGUGGUGAAGUUGUAGGAGAUGCCCAUGCUCCAAAUGCUGCUGAUGUCCCUACAUUACUGGGAUCUGGUUCCUUUUCACUUUUGAAUUCUGACUCAAGUGUGGGAAAUAGACAGGGCAAGCCUAUUCCUGCCUACCUGCGUUGGCCCCAUAUGCAAGCCGAUCAAGUUCGGGGGCUAAGUAUAAGAGAAAUUGGUGGAGGUUUCAGAAAGCACCACCGAGCACCCUCUGUUCGCUCUGCAUGCUAUGCUAUUGCUAAACCAUCAACCAUGGUGCAAAAGAUGCAGAAUAUAAAAAAGUUGAGGGGGCAUCGCAAUGCUGUCUAUUGUGCUAUAUUUGAUCGCUCCGGGAGAUAUGUUAUUACUGGUUCCGAUGAUCGCCUUGUCAAAAUUUGGUCUAUGGAAACUGCAUUUUGUUUGGCCAGCUGCCGUGGACAUGAAGGUGACAUAACGGACCUGGCUGUUAGUUCAAACAAUGCUUUGGUGGCGUCUGCUUCAAAUGAUUUUGUGAUUCGAGUUUGGCGCUUGCCGGAUGGGUUGCCAGUUUCAGUUCUGCGAGGGCAUACUGGAGCUGUUACUGCCAUUGCAUUUAGUCCCAGGCCUGCCUUCGCUUUCCAGCUUUUAUCGUCAUCUGAUGAUGGGACUUGCCGAAUCUGGGAUGCCAGGUUUUCACAUUGUAGCCCACAGAUAUACCUGCCGAAGCCUUCUGAAGCUGUUACUGGGAGGAGCAAUUUUCCAUCUAAUAAUGGACCUUCCUCAAGUAAUGUUCCACAAAACCAUCAGAUAUUAUGUUGUGCAUUCAAUGUCAAUGGGACUGUUUUUGUCACUGGUAGCUCUGACACUUUUGCCAGGGUCUGGAGUGCCUGUAAGCCUAGUACAGAUGACUCACAACAACCAGUUCAUGAGCUGGAUGUUUUGGCAGGCCAUGAAAAUGAUGUUAAUUAUGUUCAAUUUAGUGGCUGUGCUGUACCUUCAAGAUCCUCAAUGUCUGAUACAAAGGAGGAGAAUGUUCCAAAAUUUAAAAAUUCCUGGUUCUGUCAGGACAACAUUGUUACCUGUUCUCGUGAUGGUAGUGCAAUCAUAUGGAUUCCCAGAUCACGUAGAUCCCAUGGAAAAGUUGGACGUUGGACAAAGGCAUAUCAUCUGAAAGUUCCACCUCCCCCGCUACCUCCUCAACCUCCUCGAGGAGGCCCACGUCAGAGAUUUCUCCCAACUCCUCGUGGUGUCAAUAUGAUUGUGUGGAGCCUGGAUAAUCGUUUUGUUCUAGCAGCUAUAAUGGAUUGCAGAAUAUGUGUGUGGAAUGCUGUUGAUGGUAGCUUGGUACAUUCUUUGACCGGUCACGUCGCAUCAUCUUAUGUUUUGGAUGUCCAUCCUUUCAACCCUCGAAUUGCUAUGAGUGCUGGAUAUGAUGGAAAAACAAUAGUUUGGGAUAUAUGGGAGGGCAUACCCAUCAGGAUAUAUGAAAUUGGUCGUUUUAAGUUGGUUGAUGGGAAGUUUUCUCCGGAUGGGACAUCAAUUGUACUUUCGGAUGAAGUUGGGCAGAUAUAUUUGCUGAACACUGGCCAGGGUGAGUCUCAAAAGGAUGCCAAGUAUGAUCAGUUCUUUCUUGGGGACUAUCGCCCCCUUAUUUGGGAUUUUGGUGGAAAUGCUCUUGAUCAGGAGACACAACUUCCUCCACAUCGUAGGAACAUGCAAGAUCUUAUUUGUGAUGCCAGCAUGAUUCCAUACCCAGAACCUUAUCAGACUAUGUACCAGAAACGACGACUUGGUGCUCUGGGUAUUGAGUGGCGUCCAUCUUCCACAAAGUUUGCUAUUGGCCCUGAUAUCAGUUUAGGCCAGGAUUUUGAAAUGCCAGCCUUGGAAGAUUUGGAGAGAAUGAUGGAACCACCACCUGAGUUGAUAGAUGCCAUGUAUUGGGAACCUGAAAAUGAAGUUAUCAGUGAUGACACUGAUUCAGAGUACAAUGUUGCUGAGGAAUGUUCUACAGAAGGUGAACGGGGGGCAUUGUGCUUCAGCUCUUCUAGAGGCACAGAGAGUAGUGAAGAAGACAGUGACGUUGAAUGCAGUCAUAAAGAUGGCCUUCGCAGAUCACGAAGAAGAAAAUAUAACCCUGAAGUUGAGGUAAAGACUUCAUCAGGGAGGCGAGUCAAAAAGAGAUGCUUGGAUGAGCAUGAUGGCUCUAUAUCUGGAAACAAUAGGACUAAAAACUCAAAAAGUGGCAGAAAAGCUUCAAAGAAAAAGUCUUCCAAAUCUAAGUCAUUGAGACCUCAGAGAGUCGCAGCACAAAAUGCUCGAAGCAUGAUGUCUAGAAUCACUGGGACAUCUACAGAUGGUGAGGAUGAAGUUGACUUAGAAGGUGAUUCAUCUAAUAGUGAGUCAUUUUCGGAAGAUUCAAGUAUUGAAAGCAGUGAUAUUGAGAGAAACUUGGAGAGCAUACAACUAAUGUCCAUGAAAAAAGAACAAGAGUCUGAGGAUGUAGCGUGGUCUCAUGAACUCCCCAAAUCUCAAUCUAAUGUUGUGAACAGGAAGAGAUUGGUCCUAAAGUUCUCAUUACGUGAUUCUAAGAAGCCAGAGGCCCCAGAGGCCACCAGAUUUUUGAACAGUGACAAUCAGAUCAAUUUACUGGACCAUUCUGGACCUGAGGGAACUUUUGAUGAGAAUGGAAAUGCCUGCAUCAAACACCCUGGCUUAUCUUGUGCAGAUGUGGAGCUGUUGGACCAUGACAGGAUUGGUCUGGCAGAUACAAGGCAAGCUAUAAAUACUGGGGAUUAUUUGGAGGAAUUUGUGGGGGACAAGGAGAACAAAGAGAACAAAAUCAGAUGGGGUGAGGUUAAAAUUCGGACAUCAAUGCGUUCAAGAUCAGGAGAUAUGAUGCCAACUGAUGUCCACAAUGAAAACAGGAUUUCUACUGUCAAUGGGGAGGAUGGACGGUUAGGGAGUCAUGCAGUGCAAGAUCUGAAUAGAGUGACAAUGGAAGAGUUUGCUCCUGAUGAGGUGCACAAAUCUUUAACAUCUGAGUUUCUGUCCCUAAGUGACCACCAACUAAAUGGCAGCUGUGAUAAAUAUGGAAAUCAUGAUUCAUCACAAACUGAUCAGGUCGGUAGUGUUAACCAAUCUCAUGAAUCAAAAGAGAUUACUCCACACAAAUUGGUGAAAUUAAGAAUAAGGACAAAAGCAAUUUCAGGAGACCUUGGAAGUCCCUCCAAACUAAAAUCCCUCACUGUAGUGCAUGAUCCAACCUGCAGUGGAGGUGAUGUGAGGUCCAGAGACACUUUGUCUGUAGACCACAAUCCUGGUUACUGCAUGCAAGAAAUAGGUGAAGGUUCUGACAGAUCAAGUUCUCUGCAUUUAUUGCACUCGGGUUUAAAUUUAAACAAGAUUCAUGGGGAAAGCCCAUAUAAGGACAAAACUGAUUCCACAGGUUUAAAUGCCAUCAAUGAUCAUGAUUCAGAAAUUGGUUUCAGUGAAGCAGCAGCUGAUGCAGUACGUAGAACACGAUCCAUGAAGAUGAAGGCAAGUUCACAGGAACAGCAUGCUUGGAACCAUAACUUGAAGGUAAGAGUAGAGCAUGCUUUAGCAGGGACAUCAACAAAUGAGGACAACUUCUCUGUGAAAGCAUAUAAUGACAUCAUAUCUGAAGAAUGGAUGUCAAGUUCCAAAGUGAGAGAAAGAUCAAGAACCACCAGAACCAAGCGGGGUGGAGAUCCUGACAAUAACUCAAAAUUUUCAAGUGGAAGGAAGUCUAAUCCUUCUGGUAGAAAAUUAUCAUGGUUGAUGUUAUCAGAGCAGGAGGAGGGUUAUCGUUAUAUACCCCAGCUGGGUGAUGAAGUUGUAUAUUUCAGACAGGGGCAUGAAGAGUGCAUUGAAUCAGGUCGCUUAAAGGGGCCUGGUCCAUGGAGCUCAAGGGGAUACCUGAGUGCAGUGGAAAUUUGCAGAGUUGAAAACCUUGCUUAUUCCCACUUUCCAGGUUCUGGAGAGAGUUGCUGUAAAAUCACACUUAAAUUUGUAGAUAAUUCAUCACGUGCAUUUGGUGAUGCAUUUAUAUUGACCCUGCCUGAGUUGAUUGGCUUUCCUGAUUUUCUUAUUGAGAAAACAAGAUAUGAUGCUGCAAUGAGGAGAGAAUGGACCCGUAGAGAUAAAUGCCUAGUGUGGUGGAAGAACGAUAAUGGGGAGGGUGGUAGUUGGUGGGAUGGUAGAAUUGUUGCUUCACAGGCCAAAUCUAUGGAUUUCCCUGAUAGUCCUUGGGAAAGAUACGAAGUUAGUUACAAGGAUGGCUGCAAGUAUCGGCACAGUGCUUGGGAACUGCAUGAUCCUAACUUUCCAUGGGAGCACCCAAAUAUUGAUUCUGAAAUCAGGAAUAGGCUAUUGUUUUCUUUUGCUAAAUUAGAUCGUUCAGUGAGCAGAAAUCAGGACUUUUAUGGAUUUCAGAAACUGAAUGAAGCUGCUGAGAAAUCAGAAUUUCUGAACAGGUUUCCAGUUCCAUUGUAUCCCGAAUUGAUCCGGCUUAGGUUAGAGAACAACUACUAUCGGACCUUGGAAGCAGUGAAGCAUGACAUAAACAUAAUGCUGUCAAAUGCGGAGAGUUAUUUCGUUCGAAGUGCUCACCUAUCUUCCAAGAUGAGGCGCCUAUCAGACUGGUUUACCAAGACAUUGUCAAAAUUGUAGGAAGCUGUAUAGAUUUUUUUUUCUUUUUUCUUUAUUUUUUUCAAUCUUAAUUACAUCUCUUACAACUCAUCCGUCCAAUUUUGUAAGACAAAUCAUUUUUAGGCAUUACUGAACACUGAUAAAAGAAACGGGGUUCAAAGGGGAAGGGAUGCAUAUCUACUAGAUAUUUUAUUCAUUGCAUGGAUGCAUGUCCCUUGUGAGUUUUAGGAAAAAUAUGCACAGCAUAUUUGGAAAAACAUCGUCCAUGCUUUUCUUUUUUUUUUUUUUUCAAUUUUUAUGUUGCCGCUGUGUUAGCGGUGCCGGACGCUUCUGUCGUGGUUUUAC